AUGUCUCGAAGACCGCCGAAUCCCGCCGCUGAAAGAGCAGCCCAAAACCAGCAGACCAUCAAGAGUCUCUUGAAGCUGGAGUGCAACAAAGUAUGCUCCGACUGCAAAAGAAACAAGCACCCCCGAUGGGCCAGCUGGAACCUAGGUGUCUUUAUCUGCAUUCGGUGCUCGGGUAUCCACCGUGGCAUGGGCACGCACAUCAGCAGAGUCAAGUCUGUCGACCUCGAUUCCUGGACCGACGAGCAACUCCAAAGCAUUUUGAGCUGGGGUAACGCACGCGCGAACAAAUACUGGGAGGCCAAAUUGGCGCCUGGUCAUGUCCCCUCCGAAUCCAAGAUUGAGAACUUCAUCCGCACCAAGUACGAGCUUAAGAGAUGGACAAUGGACGGCCCCAUUCCGGACCCCGCCACGCUGGAUGCCGAUGGCGAUGACGACGUGCCUUUGAGCCUGGUCAGGGAGAAGCAAAACGUAGAGAGACGAGAGUCGGUUCGCAAGAGCUCGGUCGGAAAGUCAGCUGCCCCUCCCAAGAGCAUUGCCGCCCCGCAGCCGCAGGCUGAUCUUAUCGGCGGCGAUCCCAUUCCUCGAGCAAGUACGGCCGGCCCGCAGCCCGGAAAGGUGCCUCCCAAAUCCGAUCCCGCUCCCCCCAAGGCCACGAGCACCAAGGAUUCCUUGCUAGGCCUGGACUUCUUUGGAGAGCCCGCGGCUCCGCCACGGCCUGCUAGCACCAACGCUGCCGGCGCCAUGGGUGGCAAUUCGAGGCCAGACCUGAAGCAAUCGAUUCUCUCGCUGUACGCUUCUGCCCCACGACCGCAGCCCCAGCAGCAGCAACAAGCCCCCCAAGUCCCGGGCGGCUCCUUUGGCAGCAUGCCUUCCCCCACCUUUGGACACCAGCAACAGCAAUCCUUCGGUGGCAUGACUGAUGCCUUCAGCAACCUUGGGUUUUCAAACACUACGAGCCCCAAGCCAGCUCAAGCAGACCCAUUUGCGAGCUUGGCCAGCCCCAUCGGUAACAAGUCACCGCCGCUAGGUUCGUCAAAUGCCUUUGGUGGCCUUGGUGGAGGCAGCUUCUUCGACUCUAAGCCCGCGCCAGCACCCGCUGCUCAGCACCAGAAGCAACCCUCCAACAGCGCUUUUGGUGGAUUUGGCUGGUCCAGCUCCCCUGCCCCGGCGCCUGUUCAAUCACAGCCCAAGCCCGCUCAACCAGCGUCUUCGUCCAUGGGUGACCUGUUCGACCUCUCUUCCCCCUCUCAACCUGCCGCUGCUCCCAGCAACCCUUCACCAGCUGCUGCCUCAAGCUCCGUCUUCAACCUCUCUUCCAAUCAACCCAAGUCCCCGCCAGCCGUGACAAACCCCACGGCAGCUGCUACAAGCACUAUCAACUCAGGAAACUGGGCAAAUUCCGACGUGUGGGGCUCUAACGCUUGGAGCACACCCGACACCAGCACCUCAGCCGCGGCCCCGGCUCCUCCGAAGGUUGCGGAAGCACCCAAGCCGUCUGGUGGUUUCGGAGGAAGCACCGACCUGGGUGGAUGGGGCUCCUCUGGCUCCUUUGCCAACACGCCAAUCGUCCCCGGUGCGUCUGGCGGAUUCAGCGCAGCGCCAAAAGUGGCGGCUGAUGAGGAGUUUGGAGGAUGGACGAGCAGCACAGGGCCAACCACUGGAUCCGGGUCGGCUAAGCCCGCUGGAGGAAACGAUGACCUGUUUUCGAACGUAUGGCAGUAA